CCGGCGGGGAGCGGGCUGUGCCCCGAUCGCCGCCCCACGGAGGGACGGAGAGGGCUCCGGGCACAGACCUCCCCAGAGCCUAUCGAUGUCGCCGCGCCUGCUCAGGGCGGUGGGCUGGGGCUGGGCGGCCGUGCUGGCACUGCUGACCGUGGUCGUCUUCGUCCUGGUGCUGCUCCCGGCAAAGGAUGCUGUCCUUCCUACCAGAAUCAAACACGGCCUGGUGUUUGAUGCUGGCUCCACACACACGUCCCUCUACAUCUACCGGUGGCGCGCGGACAAGGAGAACGGCACGGGCAUCGUGUCCCAGGUGGAGGCCUGCUCUGUGUCCGGACCUGGCAUCUCCAGCUACGCAGACGAUCCCGCGGGGGCUGGCGCCAGCCUGAAGCCUUGCCUGGACAGGGCCAUGAAGAUCGUCCCGGCCGAGCAGCAGCGGGAGACCCCCACGUACCUGGGGGCCACGGCCGGCAUGCGGCUGCUGAGGGAGGAGAACAGCAGCAAGGCCGAGCAGGUCUUGGCCGAGGUGUCCAAGGCCAUUGGGGAGUACCCUGUGGAUUUCCGUGGAGCUCGGAUCCUGACGGGGAGUGAGGAGGGCUCCUUUGGCUGGAUCACUGUCAACUACCUGCUGGAGACACUGGUCAAGUUCUCGUUUGCAGAGAAAUGGGAACAUCCCCAGGACACCGAGGUUCUGGGAGCUCUGGACCUCGGCGGUGCCUCGACGCAGAUCACCUUCCAGCCCGGGGUCCCCGUGGAGGACAGCAACACGUCCGUGUUCUUCCGGCUCUACGGCACCAACUACUCCCUGUACAGCCACAGCUACCUGUGCUACGGGCAGAGCCAGGCCCUGAAGAUGCUGCUGGCAGCUCUGCACCAGGCCAGCUCGAGUACCCCGAUCAAGCACCCCUGCUACCCCCAGGGGUACCAGGAGAACAUCACCGUGGCAGAGCUCUACGACAGCCCCUGUGUGCAUGCGCCAAGCUCAGCCAGCCCUGGCCUUGUCCUCACGGUGACGGGGACAGGGGAUCCAGCCGCGUGUGACACGGCCGUGCGGAGACUCUUCAACUUCAGCUGCGGGGCGCAGGGGCCGUGCGGGUUCAAUGGGGUCUAUCAGCCCCCCGUGCGGGGACAGUUCUUCGCCUUCUCAGGGUUUUAUCACAUCCUUCACUUUCUGAACCUGACAGGAGGGCAGCCCCUGAGCUUGGUCAAUGCCACCAUCAGGCAGAUAUGCAACAGCAGCUGGAAACAGGUGCAGGAGUUGUUCCCCACGGCGAGCAGGACCCAGCUCCGUGACGCCUGCACAGCCAGCUCCUACAUCCUCACCCUCCUCCUGCAAGGCUACAAAUUCAACAUCACAACAUGGCCCAGCAUCCACUUCAUCCAGCAGGUUGCUAACACAGAUGUGGGCUGGACUCUGGGCUACAUGCUCAAUCUCACCAACCUGAUCCCCUCAGAGCCUCCCACAGCAGGCACAGAGCUCCCAAGAAGCAUCUGGAUAGCAGCCACACUUCUGCUGGCCAUCAUGCUCAUCCUCAUCUUCUGCCUGCUCACAGCCACGUGCUGCCACAGAAACUCCUCGGGCUAUGAGCAGCUGUAGCAGCACUGCCUCCAGAGGCUGCCAGGCCGGGUCCUGCUGCCACUCCUCUGCAAGGAGCUACUUCCCGAGAAUCACCCUGUGUGCCCAGGGGCCACAGACUUGUCCUGGGGGGCCCUGACUCCUGGCCUGGUGAGCUGGAGUUGGCACAGCUGUAAAACACCCUCCUCACA